AUGGUCGCCGACGAGGCGAAACGAGCGGCGAGUCGAAGUCGAUGUGAACCAAUUGAAAUUCCACUAUGCAAAGAUAUUCCAUAUAAAUACACCUAUUUUCCGAAUUCCCUCCCACAACCAGAUCAACAGAGUGUGCGUUUCUUUUUUUUACAAACUCAAACCGAGCAUUUUAAACCACUGAUCAAAACCAAAUGCAAUCCACACAUCAAAUUCUUCAUUUGUAGUGUGUUUGCACCAAUGUGUCCUCAGCAUAUGCCACAGGCGGUUACCAGCUGUCGUUCUGUUUGCGAAGAGAAAAAUAAAUCAUUCGGCCUGAUAUUGUUUUGCUAUGAUACCUUUCUGUCCAUCUAUCCGUAUGGUUGCUUUCAUCAUCCAAUUGUGAAAAUUCAAGUCACCUAUCUGAAUCGCAAGUUUGGACGAGUAAAAUUAUCUGAGUCGCGUUUCGCUAGAGGAGGAAAUCGUUUUCCUCAAGCACCAGAUCUGUGCAUGAAACCAACAAAUGAACACAACAGCUACUUAGGACCCGAUCAGUUGGAGAAUGACCAACGCGAUCCGUUGAGUAGUAUAGAGGGUCGAAUAUUUGCCAAAUCUAUUGCUGAAUGUCCGAAUGAUCUGGUGAAUCUUGAUCCAACAGAUCAAAAUGGAUAUUGUGCAUUCCAGUGCAAUCGAGAUGGUAUGUUUGACGAUUCGAAAAAAGAAUUCGCACGGUUCUGGAUGCUUCUUUGGGCAUCAAUUAAUCUUGCUAUUACAACCUUCACGGUGCUCACGUUUCUGAUUGAUCGGCAACGAUUUCGUUUCCCUGAACGGUCAAUAUUUUACCUAUCGGCAUGUUACAUGCUCUUUUCGCUGCCAUCGUUGAGUCGUGCAUUCAUACCGUACGAAAGAAGUGCCUGUGAACGUCUUCCCACCGGACAGUCAUUCCUGAUAAUCGGCUCACUAGACAAUACACCAUGCGUUCUAUCGUUUAUGCUCACUUAUUACUUCUCGAUUGCAAGCAGUUUAUGGUGGCUUAUGCUCACAUUCACAUGGUAUUUGUCGGCUGCACGUAAGUGGGUACCUGAAGGAAUUGAUGCAUGGAGCAGUUAUUUGCAUUUAGUUGCGUGGGCGUUGCCUGCAUUAUUAACUAUUGCGGUUUUAACAUUGCACAAGUUGGAUGCAUCUGAACUAACCGGAGUGUGUUCAGUGGGUAAUGCAGAUCCGUGGUCGUUACUCGGUUUUGUCAUUUUACCGAAGUUACUUUUCGUUCUUCUUGGCAGUUGUUUGAUCGUUGCUGGUUUCUCGAGUAUGUGCCGUGAACGUGAUUCAUUUCGACGAAGGGGAACUGAUACAUCAAAACUGGAAAAGCUGAUGGUAAAAAUGGGAAUAUUCAGUGCACUUUAUAUAAUUCCUGCCAUAACGAUGGUCGUCUGUGAUAGUUAUCAUAUGUUCGUUUUGAUGCAGUGGCAUCCCACAACGAUCGCUUGCAAACAUUAUGGUGGUGCUGAGAAAGGUGUUUGUAAGAGGCCACAACUUCCACAGGCAAGUAGUCAGUUCGUAUUGAAUGAUGUGUCGGCCGAAUUGUACGUACUGAAUAUCUUCAUGUCUUUGGCAGUUGGUAUUUCAACAGGAAUGUGGAUUCUGUCGUCGAAGACAUUCCAUUCUUGGCAACGAGUGCUGUGUUGUGGAUUGUGUUCGACGGCACCUGCCAAACAUGGUACAGCCUCAAUACCCCUUGCUGCAGUCAACAGACCUUUAAUACCGUCUGUUAAUCCUCCACCUCCACCGCACAGUUAUAUACCAAUCACCAAUGCUAAGUCAUCACUACCAAACACCAACAACGCAACCACCAACCAUGUCGUCAAUAUUCAACCUUCUGCUUCUGCUGCAUGGAAACAAUCGAAAAUCGUCUGA